UCAUAAUAAUCUUUAAUAGAAAUAUUGUCACUGUUAUUGUAAUUGUAUCAGUUCACAACCUAAAAACGUAAAUAAGAGACUGUACCAUAGCGAGCUUUAAUAUAUAACAUAGAGUGUGUAGUAAACAAUAUAUGGAAAUUGGCUCAUCUCAGGUCUGUGGAGCACAUACCUCUGCACAGGGUAUACAGUCAUAGCAGCAGACCGACUUUCCUUUCUGCAGGACUUUAUAAGUUCCUUGACGACAGCGCUCACUGCACAUUGACACAGGCGAAUUUGAAUCAAAGAAAAUGUUUUUCAUUGUCAAAUUGCAUGUCAAACCCUUGAAUUACAUAAAUGUACAUGUUACUGUCAAUUAUGAUAUUUGCCUCUGCCGAGGAGCCUGUGUGCAGGCAGAGAGGGAAUCCUGAGAACCCCCAGCUUUCUAAGGAUGGGGACAUUAUGUUGGGGGGAAUCUUCUCUUUACACAGCAGCUGGAAAGACAGACAAGAUACCUACAUGCACAAACCACUGCCACUGCAAUGCAUAAGUUUGAAUUUCAGAGAGUUCCAGUUUACCCAGGCGAUGCUCUUUGCCAUAGAGGAGAUUAAUAACAGCACAGACCUACUGCCUGGUAUCUCUCUGGGCUAUAAGAUCUACGAUACCUGUGGCUCCGUGGCCAAAAGUGUGAGGGUUGCACUGGCCUUGGCUAAUGGUAAUGAAGUGGCAUCUGCACCCUCCGAGGCACCAUGUACAAGACUUGCCCAAGUGCAGGCCGUUAUGGGAGAAACCUCUUCCUCUCCUUGCAUGGUUAUAGCUACUGUCAUCGGACCUUUUCAUAUCCCAAUGAUCAGCCACUUUGCUACUUGUGCUUGUCUCAGUGACAAAACAAAGUACCCAUCCUUCCUCAGAACAAUACCCAGUGACUACUACCAGAGCAGAGCCCUGGCCCAGUUGGUCAAACACUUUGGUUGGACUUGGGUUGGAGCUAUUAGAACAAAUGCUGAUUACGGCAAUAAUGGCAUGGCCACAUUCAUAGAAACCGCCCAUCAGCUGGGCAUCUGUCUGGAGUACUCUGUACCUUUCUUUCGAACGGAUCCACCAGAAAAAAUACAAAAGACAAUUGACAUUAUCAAGGCUUCCACUGCCAAGGUGAUUGUCGCUUUCCUCUCCCACAUGGAUAUGGAUGUGUUACUACAUGAGUUGUCUCACCACAACUUGACUGGGUACCAGUGGGUAGGCAGUGAGGCCUGGAUCUUUGAUCCCCAAAUUGCAGCCAUGGAUAGGCAUCACAUUCUGGACGGUGCCAUAGGCCUGUCCAUCCCCAAAGCACAUGUGAGUGGCAUGAGAGAGUUCAUGUUGGAUGUGAAGCCACUCAGUUCAUCUAGUAAUGAAAUGUUCACAGAGUUUUGGGAGACAUUGUUCAGCUGUAAAUUCAACCAGUCAAAGUCUUCAGAAGGGAAUCAGAGAGAAUGUACUGGACAUGAAGAUCUGACUGGAGUGCAAAACAGCUUCACAGAUAUGUCGCUCAUGCCUAUCUUUAACAAUAUCUAUAAAGGAGUGUAUGCUGUAGCCCACGCGCUUCACAACUUUCUGAGCUGUAACAAAACAUGUGACAACAAGGUGCAGCUAGAUCCAUUUACGAUUUUACAGCACAUAAAAAAGAUUCAGUUCAAAACAAAGGAAGGAGAUGAGGUCUACUUUAAUGAAAAUGGAGACCCAGCAGCAAAGUAUGAAAUUAUAAACUGGCAGCCAACAGAAAAUGGCAUUGUGGACUUUGUCACAGUUGGUCUUUAUGAUGCAUCUUUACCUGCAGAAAAACAGCUGAAUCUGCAAAAUAAGCCUUUAAUUUGGGCACAGAAUUCAAAACAGGUGCCUUUGUCAGUUUGCAGCGAGAAGUGUCCUCUAGGAACUCGCAAGGUUCUCCAGAAAGGAAAGCCUGUCUGCUGCUAUGACUGUUUAAGAUGUGCAGAGGGAGAAAUAAGCAACAUUACAGAUUCUAUCACCUGUGUGCGAUGCCACCCUGAGUUCUGGUCAAAUGAGAGAAGAGAUGCCUGUGUGAAGAAAGAGGCAGAGUUUCUAUCAUAUGAAGAGAUCAUGGGAGCGCUGCUCACUGCAGCGUCCUUAUUUGGAACAUGCGCCACUGCUGUUGUGGCAUUCAUUUUCUUCAGAUACAGAAAAACUCCUAUUGUCAGGGCCAACAACUCUGAGCUGAGCUUCCUGCUGCUAUUCUCCUUGACUCUGUGUUUCCUGUGCUCUCUGACCUUCAUCGGCCGGCCCUCUGAGUGGUCCUGCAUGCUGCGACACACAGCGUUCGGCAUCACCUUUGUCCUUUGCAUCUCUUGUGUUCUGGGGAAAACUAUAGUGGUGUUAAUGGCCUUCAGGGCCACACUUCCAGGUAGUAAUAUGAUGAAAUGGUUUGGGCCUGUACAGCAGAGGCUCAGUGUUCUGGCUUUCACUCUCAUACAAGUUAUCAUAUGUAUCCUCUGGUUAACAAUUUCUCCUCCUUUUCCAUUUAAGAAUUUUAAGGAAUUCAAGGACAAAAUCAUCUUAGAGUGUGCUCUGGGCUCAGCUAUAGGCUUCUGGGCUGUACUUGGGUACAUAGGACUUCUGGCCAUGUUAUGUUUCAUUCUUGCUUUUCUGGCCCGGAAACUGCCUGAUAAUUUCAAUGAAGCCAAAUUUAUCACUUUCAGCAUGUUGAUAUUCUGCGCAGUCUGGAUCACUUUCAUCCCAGCGUAUGUCAGCUCUCCUGGGAAGUUCAGUGUUGCUGUGGAAAUAUUUGCUAUUCUGGCCUCCAGUUUUGGACUGCUCAUUUGUAUUUUUAUUCCAAAAUGUUAUAUUAUUCUACUGAAACCUGAGAAGAAUACAAAAAAGAAUAUGAUGGGGAAGGGGGCACCAAAAUAAUUCUGUAAAAGGCAUUGUAGUACCAAUAUAAUUUUUACAUAAUUAUUUGUUAAUCUGACUGUUAAUUAGUCUAUCGUCAUUCGUUAUUGACAUUAUUUUAUAUAUUUUUAUAUAUAUAUAUAUAUAUAUAUAUACAUAUACGUAUAUACUGUAUAUUCAUUCAGCCACUAGAUGUUGCAUUCUCCCUCCCUCAUCCCAUUGCAUUCACUUGACAAUGGUUGCCAGUUUGUUGCACAACCUGCAUAUUGUAUGGAUGUGUCUAAAAGGUAACUCACAAAUUGCUAAAUCUGAUCUGAAAUCAGCAAGAAUUUGCAAAAACUCUCGCAAGACUCGCAGCCAGAUGACCUUUACUAACCAUAAGCAUUCAAGAUCAGUGCCUAACCUUAACCAACUCGCAAGAGUUUCCAAAUGCGUGUGUUACUUUCUAGACAUGACCAUAUUUUAUGGUCGAGUGGAAUGACUCAGACAGACAGACAUAUAACGUGGUGAAUCUUUUGUGGUAGAGAAGUCAUUUUUCAACAUGUAGCUAAAGGCCUACAUCAGGUGUCUGUGUGUGUGUGUGUGUGUGUGUGUGUGUGUGUGUGUGUGUGGGUGUGUGUGUGUGUGUGUGUGUGUGUGUGUGUGCGUGUGUGUGUUUGUGUAUGUGUGUGUGUGUGUUUUUGUGUGGGUGUGUGUGUGUGUGUUCUUGUACAGCUAUCUUGGUGGGGACCAAUUUGAGUUUUAGACCUUCAGAGUGAGGACAUUUUUGAAAAAUUAGGACAUUUUGCCAGGUCCUCAACUUCAAACAGACAUUCAAAGGCCUGUUUGAGGGUUCAGACUUGGUUUUAAGUUUUAGUCUUAGAGUUAGGUUUAGGUUAAGGUUAAGGUAAGAGUAAAGGUUGGGGUCAGGCAUUUACUUGUGAUGGUUAAGGUCAGGGUAAGUGGCUUGGGAAUGCAUUAUGUCCAUCAGUGUCCUCGCAAAGAA